ACGAAAACUAGUCUGUCCCCCGUUUCCUUCGCUAUGAAAAAUAUUUGGACAAACUAGACUAACGACAGCCAGCUCGAGUCAAUCAGUGAACUGUGAUGCUUAAUUACAAUAUUUGUUGAGGAAAUCAAAACCCGAGUAGGCGGUGGUUGCGUCGGAUUUAUCACGCAGGGAUUACUCUUCCCAGGGCCGAUCCGAGCUGUGGGGAUAACUUUGGAGAAGUUCUUUGUAUUCGGGAAAGUCAGACAGCUUGGCCAACAAGCUGAACAUGGAUUGGGGCACGGAACUCUGGGACCAAUAUGACAUCAUUGAGAAGCACACACAGUCUGGCCUGGAGUUGGUGGAGAAGUAUGUGAAAUUUGUGAAGGAGAGGACGGAGAUAGAGCAAAACUAUGCCAAACAACUGAGGAACCUUUCGAAGAAAUACAACCUAAAGCGAAGCAGCAAAGACGAGCCAGACUGCAGGUUGUCCAGCUACCAGUCGUUUCUGGACAUCUUGAACGAGAUGAACGACUACGCGGGGCAGAGGGAGCUGAUCGCUGAGAACCUGAUGAUGAACAUCUGCAUCGACCUCACCAAGUACCUGCAAGAGCUCAAGCAGGAACGGAAGACGUAUCUGAUGGAGGCCAAGAAAGCCCAGCAGAAUUUGGAGAGCACGUACAAGCAGCUCGACAGCAGUAAAAAGCGUUUUGAGAGGGAAUGGAGAGAAGCGGAGCGUGCCGCGCAGUACGCAGAGAAGACUGACCAAGACAUCAAUGCCACAAAGGCAGACGUUGAAAAGGCCAAGCAGCAGGCUCACAUGAGAGCACACGUAGCAGAGGAAUGUAAGAACGACUACGCUGCCCAGCUCCAGAAAUACAACAAGGAGCAGAACCAGUUCUAUUUCAAUGACAUGCCACUCAUUUUCAAUAAAUUACAGGAUCUGGAUGAGAGGCGAGUACGAAAGCUGGCGCAGGGCUACGUCUUGUUCUCGGACACAGAGAAGCAUGUGAUGCCCAUCAUUGGCAAGUGCCUGGAAGGCAUUACUAAAGCGGGCACUAAUGUUAACGAGAAGAAUGACUCCAUGGUUGUAAUAGAACAGAAUAAGUCGGGCUUUGAGCGUCCUGGAGAUGUGGAGUUUGAGGACUACAGUCAGGGAAUUAAUCGAGCCUCCUCUGACAGUAGCCUGGGUACGCCUAAAGGCCCCAUGGACCUUCUGGGGAAGAACAAGGGCAAAAACUUUUGGCUUUUCACCAAGAGGAGUAAGCUCUCUUCCUCCACGCUCACCCCUUUGUCCACACCACCCCCCCCUUCACCCGCUAACGGACCCCCUUCCCCCAAGUUUGGCCGGGACCCCCUGUCGUACUGUUUGAAGGAGAUCAAUAAGACAGUCAAACCCAGAAUCUCUUCCUUCCGGACACUCAGGAGAUCGAAGUUUACUCCAGAGAGGAUCAUGCCCACGGUGACAGAGGACUUCGCCCAUCUCCCUCCAGAGCAGCGCAGGAAGAGGUUACAACAGAAAUUAGAGGAAAUUUGCAAAGAGUUACAAAAAGAAGUCGACCAGAGCGAAGCGCUGGGAAAGAUGAAAGAUGUUUAUGAAAAAAAUCCUCAAAUGGGAGACCCUGCUAGUCUGGCGUCCCAAAUUGGCCAGACAUCCCAGAAUAUAGAGCGGCUCAGGGGAGAGAUGAGCAAGUAUGAGGUUUGGCUGGCUGAAGCAGGAGGUCGAGGGGACACGCUGCGCUACAAAACCCACACGUUCAACAACAACGGUGCCCUCGAUGUCCACAGCGCCGAUGGAGCCCACUCGGACGAAAGCACUCCUGAUCCCUCCCAAGCCAUUUACGCAGAGUUUGAUGAUGACUUUGAGGAUGAAGAACUGACCGCUCCUAUUGGGAACUGCACAGCCAUGUACAACUUCCCCGGUUCCAGUGAAGGAACCAUCUCUAUGCAGGAAGGGGAGGUGCUGGCCGUGGUAGAAGAGGACAAAGGGGACGGUUGGACCCGUGUGCGCAGGGACAAUGGGGAUGAAGGCUACAUACCCACAUCGUAUGUCACCAUCAACCUAAACAAAUGAUGGACACGCGACGAACGAGGGAAAAAAACAAACAAAAUAAGGUUAAACCUUCACAAAACUGUAUGCAGUUCUUCCAUCGGACCAAUCGCAAAGAAGCCACAUCACUAAUAGUCAGGGGAAUGGUGCCUGCAGUAUGCUUACAUUACUUUAUUUACUUUCCAAUAUCAUAUUUUUUUGGGGGAGGGGGGUGGUUAUAACGUCCGGCUUACCUCUUAGGAACCAUCACGGUAAAGGUGUUUGCCUCAUUCCACAGCCUAAUGAGGUAUUGGCUUCUUUACGUGGGAGGAAGAAGAGGAGGAAGAAGAGUGCUGCUGUCAUAUUUACACUGAGUUUUAACACCAGUAAUACGUAGGAUGAGAACUUACCUCACCUGUUUACCUUUUUCAGUCAAAAAAACUGACCUGCUUUGUUCCACGGAAGCCAGGCCCGUUCUUGAAAAAAACUCAAAUAUCUGAACCAUCUCGGUUCGCAUUUCCACAGAGUGUGCCACGUUCUACCGUGCGUGGACCGCUCUCCCAUCGUGGCACGUCGCAUGCAACACUUUACCGUGUAGACAAUCGCACCCAUAUCAGCAUUUACGUAAAUAUCCGACCUUUAACAGGAGCGAGGUCAUUCAGUAGCUGUUAUUUUUCUGACGGCCACAGCCUGAAGCUUGUGCUCAAAAUAAUUUAUUACAAAUGUGUAUAAAUAAAAAGUGUCAGGCUCAACAGAAGUUUAUUUGCGUGUUC